GUGCCGCGGGGCGGCCAUCGCGGAGGGGCCGCCACCGACUCGAAGAAGAAGGGAUUGAGCAAAGUCGCGCUCAGCUAAAAUGGGACAAUAGCUAAAGCAGCUCUGAGGAGUCUGAUUGUGUGCCUUGCUGCCCUGCGCCGGAGCUGGCAAAGGAAGAUGCGUGUUUUUAUCCUUGUGCAACGCCGGUCUGUGUAACUACUGAACAGAGCGAUGUGCUGAAGUUGGAGAUCCUGACAAAAUGGGAGCACUUGUGUUCUCUGCGACCUGUAGCUUACUUCUAGCUGUGGUGCAAGGGCACAGCUUAUUCACCUGUGAGCCAAUUACUAUUUCCAGAUGUUCAGGAAUGCCUUACAAUAUGACUUUUUUCCCAAACCUCAUGGGACACUAUGAUCAGGACACGGCUGCUCGCAAAAUGGACCCUUUCCUUAUUCUUAUGAAUCUUCACUGUUCACCAGACGUCCACACAUUUCUGUGCAGAGCCUUUGUCCCAGCCUGCCUAGAUCAGAUUCACGUGAUUCACCCCUGCCGAAGCCUCUGUGAGAAAGUGUAUUCUGACUGUAAGCAGUUGAUGGACACUUUUGGAAUUGCAUGGCCUGAAGAGCUGGAAUGUAGCAGGUUAAUCAAUUGUGAUGAGGCUGCUCCUGCCACUGCUGCUGUAACCACAAAUGUACAUGGAACUCAGAAGACCCCAAGCCAGAUCCGAAGGGAUUAUGGAUUCUGGUGUCCCCGACACCUACACACUACCAAUGGACAAGGCUACAAGUUUCUAGGAAUUGAUCAGUGUGCACCCCCAUGUCCCAAUAUGUACUUCAAGAAUUAUGAAUUGGAUGUGGCAAAAAGUUUUAUUGGAAUAGUUUCAAUCUUUUGUCUUUGUGCUACACUGUUCACGUUCCUAACUUUUCUGAUUGAUGUUAAACGGUUUAGAUACCCAGAGAGACCAAUCAUCUAUUAUUCUGUCUGUUACAGCAUAGUCUCUCUAAUGUACUUUAUUGGAUUUUUACUUGGGAACAGAACUGCCUGUAAUGAGGCAGAUGAGAAGUUAGAAAUUGGUGAAACGGUUGUUCUUGGCUCCCAAAACAAAGCCUGUACCGUCCUUUUCAUGGUUCUGUACUUUUUCACCAUGGCAGGAACUAUAUGGUGGGUGAUUCUGACCAUCACUUGGUUCCUUGCGGCGGGAAGAAAAUGGAGCUGUGAAGCUAUUGCACAGAAGGCCAUGUGGUUCCAUGCAGUUGCCUGGGGAAUACCUGGUUUUCUAACCAUUAUGCUCCUUGCAAUGAACAAAGUGGAAGGGGACAAUAUCAGUGGAGUUUGUUUUGUGGGUCUCUACGACCUGGACGCCUCGCUGUACUUCGUGCUUUUGCCGCUGUGCCUCUGUGUGUUUUUCGGUCUCUCUCUCCUUCUAGCCGGCAUCAUCUCUCUGAACCACGUGCGGCAGGUCAUUCAGCACGACGGCAGGAACCAGGAGAAGCUCAAGAAGUUCAUGAUCCGCAUUGGGGUUUUCAGCGGGCUGUACUUGGUGCCUCUUGUAGCCCUUCUUGGAUGUUACGUUUAUGAGCUGGUGAAUCGGAAAAUCUGGGAAACCACUUGGGUGUUUGACCACUGUGACCAGUACCAUAUUCCUUGUCCUUAUCAGGCAAAGGCACUAGCAAGACCAGAAAUAUUUUUGUUUCUGAUGAAAUAUUUGCUGACAUUAAUUGUUGGCAUAUCUCCAGUGUUCUGGGUGGGAAGUAAAAAGACCUGCUCCGAAUGGGCCAAUUUCUUCAACAGAAACCGCAAAAGAGAUCCAAUCAGCGAGAGUCGAAGGGUGCUGCAAGAAUCAUGUGAAUUUUUCUUGCGGCACAAUUCCAAAGUUAAACAUAAAAAGAAGCACUACAAGUCAACUUCACACAGACUGAAAGUCAUUUCAAAGUCAAUGGGGACCAGUACAGGUGGCACAACAAAUCAUGGAACUUCUGCAGUAGCAAUCACUAAUCAUGAUUACUUGAGCCAAGAAACUGUGGCAGAAAUUAAAAGCUCUCCAGAGACAUCUGAGAAGGAGAUGGAGGCAGAUGGAGCAUCUGCCAGAAGAGUGGAGGAAGGUGAAACCAGCGGAGAUCAGAUGUUCCCCAGCGCUAAACUGACCGUGGAUCAGCUGGAAAGGAGGAACAAAGCAGACAGUACCUGCCACAUGGGCACUUUGGCUGAGAGUGUUAAGAGAGUAGGUGAAGGAAGAAUAACUCCUAAAAAUGAUUUUAGUGAAUCUCCUUCACUGCAAAGGAGCUGUUCCCAAAUACCUGAUGUCCCACAGUCACCUUCCAUAUCACUACUCGUCUACUCAGCUUCAGACACCAGAAGAGAGUUGGAUUCAGGAAACAGUUCCAAUCCUUGAAAGAUUGAAAAUAUGUAUCAACAUUUUUAUUGCAUAAGACUGAAAAUUUAUAUGAACAUUUGCAUUGUAUAAAACUGACAUGAGUUCUUUGUUACACUGGAAAUAAUGGAUAUUCUGUGCCUUAUUAAAAAACACAUAUAUCCUGCUUUGCACUUAAAAAUCUAUGUUUUGUUGUGGGGACAGCUAGCAAUAAUGUACUGUAUUUAAUCCUGUCCAGGACUAAUGGAAAUUGAAGUUCUGUAGGACAUGGCAAUAAUGUAAGAAAAAGAUGAGAGACAAAUAUUAUUCCCUAUAUAAAGAACACUUCGUAAUGAAUUGCAUUAAAAUAAUGCUUCAAAAGCACUGUUACUUCUCAAGGUAUAAAAUUCCAUCAGCCUCUUCAAUAUUUUUCAAAGCUUGUUAAUUUUUUCUUUUUUUUACUGUUCUUAAACAACAGUAUCACUUAAGUAAGUGAUGCACAAAUUUCUAAACACUCUAAAUUGUACAUCAUGCUGUAUCAAUUAUAGCACUGGUUUAUGGUAGCUUGUACACUGAAUAUGAAAGGGAAUCUGAAAUUAUAGCAGUUUAUUUUGUACAUAAAAAUUAAUUUUGUAAAUAAGUGACUGCAUAAGGUCAAUCUUUAGAACUACUGUUUUGUAUGUAUUGUACAAACUUGGGAAAGUUCCUGUGCCCUCCUUAGGGUGUUGCUGAAGCCAGCAUUCCCCUGGUGGUCAGCCA